UGCUAUAUUUAGGCUACUUUGAGAUAUUUUUUUUUAUUAAAAUGUAUGUUUUCCGCUUCCAGUUUCUUCUUCAACAUCAUAAGUUGAGUUAGUUUACGAUAUUUUGAUCAGGCGCAGUAUUUCUGUCGCCUUGCUUGAUACGUUAAUGAAGCUGAAAAAAAUCCAACAUUUGUCAACGUCUCGUUUGACGUCUGUUUUCAGUGUGUCAUUUAUUUAUUUAUUUGCCGGAGUAGUUCUUACAUUACUAAUAAGAAAACUUUAUGGUUGUGUCUCAAAACCUCGUAAACUGCUGCCUAAGAAUGUUGAACAUUAGAAGCUGUGAGGUCCUAAGGAUGUCUUUGCAGGGAGCUCAAAUUGUAUUUUAAUUAAAUGCGUUCAUUUUUAAUUAAAUGAUUUUUAUUGAAUUUUGUUUGUUUUCUUUAUCGAUUUUAAUUCGUUUCAUUUGUUUAAAUCUAUUCAUUUAGCAGAAUUUUAUCAGAGCGUUACGUGAGCAGGCUGGUCGUUGCUGAAGGUUCCUCACACUUGUGCGCAUUGACGUGUCGAGGGAAAUCUCCAGUCAUCUGUGCGCGUGGCUGGUGGCGAUGUUCGCGCUGAAUGUAGCCUACACAAGUUGUGAAUCUUUCAAGGAGGAAAUGUUCUCGGGUCGUAUUUAAUAAAGACAACAUAGUGAUUUACUAAGUCUUACCUGUAUCCUUUUAUAAAGUGCUUUUGGAUCAUGCCUCAUCCACUGAAGAAGUGAUCAACAGGACAAAGACAGGUAUCUGCUUGCUGUCAUCACACCUUGACAGACAUGGACUAUCUCCAUAACGAAUCGUGGAUAAACAUGUCUUUAGAUGCAUCUGCGUCAUCGUUCAGUGGACUCCAGCUCCUGAUGGACCUGAAGCCGCUCUUCAUCCCUCUGUAUGCCAUGCUAGUCCUGGUAGCGUGCUCUGGAAAUCUUCUCCUCCUCACCCACAUCGGACUGAACAAGAAACUUCACAGCACUACAAAUUUCCUCAUCGGAAACCUGGCCCUGGUUGACCUGGUUAUGUGCCUGUUCUGUGUUCCCCUGACCGCGUUUUAUGCCUUUGAUGAGCGUGGUUGGGUUUUUGGCCAGUUCAUGUGUCACUUUGUUACCCUGAUGCAGACUGCGACUGCGUUUGCUGCAGUCCUGUCAUUAACCGCCAUUGCGGUGGACCGAUACGUGGUGGUCGCCUAUCCUAUUCGGCGACGAGGAGGUCGUUCCUUCUGCACCUGGUUGGUGAUCAGCGUAUGGCUCUGUGCUUUGGCAAUGUCCACCCCUACGGCUUUGCACACGGUGUACCUGGAUCUGAGCGCAACUGGCCAUGAAAUGGCAGUUUGUGAGGAGUUCUGGAGUGGGCAGGAGCUCAGUCGUCUAAUAUAUUCAUGUUUCUUCCUGCUCCUUUCCUAUUUUGUUCCUCUAGCAGCAGUUUCCAUUUCCUACUGUGCAAUCUCCUGCCACCUGCAGCACAGAGCUACACCUCGGCUCAUGGCCGCUACACCUUCCAACCAGGAGAAGUGGGGGCGCAAGAGGCGCAAGACUUUUCGUCUCCUACUGGUGUCUGUUCUGUCAUUCGCGUUCUCCUGGCUCCCCUUGCAGGUAGUCAACCUCAUUCGUGACCUGGACACCGACUUCGCCAUCCUGAGCAAGAAUCACGUCAAUGUGAUACAGGUGUCGUGCCACUUGUUAGCCAUGAGCUCGGCUUGCUACAACCCCUUCAUUUAUGCUUCUCUUCACAAGAAGUUCCUGUCAUAUCUAUGCCAGAACAUAUUUCAAAGAAGAAAACCUCAUCGUACUCAGAGCAGCCUCACAACCUCCAGCCGAAUCCUCCGCUUGAAUACUUCUAGUACUCUAGCUGACAUUCCCAUGUCCAUUAGUAAGAUUUCACAAGAUUGAAUCUUCUCUCCACCACACGGAUGUUGCUUCUUUAGAUUCUAGAACUGAACAGCCCGAUGGCAAAUUCUGUACCAUCACAGCUGAUUUGUUAAACCAACGACUCUUUUCUUAAAGCUAAAUAUGAAAGGCUUCAUUGAACCCUAAAGGAAAAUGUAUGUAUCUGCUUGAAAUGUUAAACAUUUGAACCAAAUCUAAGAAGACCAGUCUUGUGAUUUUUGGUCCAAAGCCCUGGGUAUACUUCGUUUUUUUUACACGUACGCUAGAGUUGAACGCACAGCCCCUUGCAAAGUAUACUUCACUUGACUCGUACGCGUACACAGGCGUUCGUAUGCGCAUGCGCAGUUUUGAGCAAUCUCUCGCCACGAGUUACAACACAUGUAAAUAUAUUUGUAUUCU